GUUCUAUUUAUCCACCCUUCUACUAAAUUAUUGUAUAUCGUGAGAGUAUCUUCUUCGUCCACAGCCACUUGUCCUUCCAUCUUCUUCCUCUAAUUCACAUCGCCCGCCCGUCCUGACUUCCCCUCCUUCCAGAGCAAUUCCAAUAAUCGUCGGCCUCCCAGACGUCUCGACCUUGCCUUAAGGUUUCGACACUUGGAACCCAGCCCACCAAACCCUUUCCUAUCCAUAUAUAUACACCGAGGUACUUAUCCAACAGCACAGUGUCCACAGCACUUCAAGAACCAACAUGUCUCUCAAGGUCCUCUUCUUCGCCGCCGCCGUCGCCGCCGCCCAGGCCGGCUACAUCGCCCCAGUCAGCUACGGACUGGCCACCACCGCCAUCGGCUCCAGCUCCCAGUCCACCCUCCGCUCCGCCGACGGAUCCUCCGCCAUCUCCCAGUACUCCAAGGCCGUGGACACCGCCUUCUCCAGCGUCCGCAAGACCGACACCCGCAUCACCAACGACGCCAGGUACCUCACCCCCUUGGCCGCCACCUACCACGCCCCCGCUUACGCCGCCUCCUACGCCGCCGCUCCAGUCGUAGCUAAGGCCUACGCUCCAGCCGUCGCUACCUACGCUGCCGCUCCAGCCGUCUCCACCUACCAUGCUCCAGCGGUCGCCGCUUACCACGCCGCUCCAGUCGUAGCCAAGGCCUACGCCCCAGCCCUCGCCGCCCCAGCUUACGCCGCAAGGGCCUACGCCGCACCAGCCCUUGCUGCCCCAGCCGUCGCCGCUCACGGCCUCCUCGGAGUAGCCUACUCCGCCGCCCCCGCUGUCGCCCACGUCUCCUACGACAGCCCCAUCGUCCACUACGCUCUCUAAGUCAUCCCCUUCCUACGCCAAAAUACUAUUUAUUGCCCCAAUAAAAUGUAAGGUUGUUUAGCAUUUCUGUUGUUCUUUCUUAU